AUGACAAAAAGCAUGAAUAGAACAAAGGCAAAAAUGACGAUUCUGAAAGUUGGCUCAGAUUUAUGAUUCUGGAAUUUUGACUGGGAAUGCAACGAAAAAAAAGCACCGGCAACGCCUCCUGCCCGGGCUAUAAAGGGCUCCAGGCCAGGGGAAGCGAGCACUCGCUGUCUGCGCUGCUGAGCCGGGUGUCUCCCUCCAGCCCUCCAGCCUCCGCCAGCCUUCGCCAUGAGCACCACUGUCAGGCAAUACUCCUCCUCCACCUCCCUCAAGGGAUUCGGUGGCCUGGGUGGAGGCUCCAGCAGGCUUUCCUCUGUGCGUGUUGGGGGAGGAGGGUACAGAGCCCCCAGCGUCCACGGAGGCUCUGGCAGCUACUCUGUCUCUUCCCGCAUUGUCUCGGGGCUCGGAAGUGGCUAUGGGGGCAGCUACUGCAGCAGCGUAGGAGGGGGCCUCGGUGGCGGCUUUGGGGGUAGCUAUGGGGCUGGCCUUGGGGCUGGCUUUGGGGCUGGCUUUGGAGGUGGCUUUGGAGGUGGCUUUGGAGGUGGCGAUGGCAUCCUCCCGGCCGGCGAAAAGGAGACGAUGCAGAACCUCAACGACCGCCUGGCUGUCUACCUGGACAAAGUGCGUGCCCUGGAGGAGGCCAACACUGACCUGGAGGUCAAGAUCAGGGAAUGGUACAAGAAGCAGGGACCUGGUCCAGACCGUGACUACAGCCCCUACUACAGGACUAUUGAGGAGCUCAGGAACAAGAUUCUUGCUGCAACUGUUGAAAAUGCCAACAUCGUCUUACAGAUUGACAAUGCCAGGCUGGCAGCUGAUGACUUCAGAACCAAGUUUGAGACGGAGCAGGCUCUGCGCCUGAGCGUGGAGGCCGACAUCAAUGGCCUGCGCAGAGUCCUGGAUGAGCUCACCCUGGCCAGAGCUGACCUGGAGAUGCAGAUUGAGAACCUGAAGGAGGAGCUGGCCUACCUCAAGAAGAACCACGAGGAGGAAAUGAAUGCCCUGCGCGGGCAGGUGGGUGGAGAGAUCAGCGUGGAGAUGGAUGCUGCUCCUGGAAUUGACCUCACCAAGAUCCUGGCUGACAUGAGGGAGCAGUACGAGAGCCUGGCAGACAAGAACCGCAGGGAUGCCGAGCAGUGGUUCUUCAGCAAGACGGAAGAGCUGAACCGGGAGGUGGCCAUCAACACGGAGCAGCUUCAGAGCGGCAAGACGGAGAUCACAGAGCUACGACGCACCAUCCAGAGCCUGGAGAUUGACCUGCAGUCCCAGCUCAGCACGAAAGCGGCGUUGGAGGGCACCUUGGCCGACACAGAAGCCCGUUACGGCACCCAGCUGGCCCAGCUCCAGGGGCUGAUCACCAGCGUGGAGGAGCAGCUGGCCGAGCUGCGGUGCGACAUGGAGCGCCAGAACCACGAGUACAGGGUCCUCCUGGACGUCAAAUGCCGCCUGGAGCAGGAGAUCGCCACGUACCGCCGGCUCCUGGAGGGCGAGGACGCCCACACUGCAGCAUCCCUGAGAUCCACUUCCCAUCCCUCCAGUUCUGUGAAAGAAGGACCUGUAACUACCCGUCAAAUCCGCACAAUCUUUGAGGAGGUCCAGGAUGGGAAGGUGAUUUCCUCCCGUGAGCAGAUCACCCAGCAGAAUGCCAUUUUUUGGAACUACUUUUUCACUCUUUUGCUUUCUUUUAUCCCCCCCCAGAUUCUUGCUGCAACUGUUGAAAAUGCCAACAUCGUCUUACAGAUUGACAAUGCCAGGCUGGCAGCUGAUGACUUCAGAACCAAGUUUGAGACGGAGCAGGCUCUGCGCCUGAGCGUGGAGGCCGACAUCAAUGGCCUGCGCAGAGUCCUGGAUGAGCUCACCCUGGCCAGAGCUGACCUGGAGAUGCAGAUUGAGAACCUGAAGGAGGAGCUGGCCUACCUCAAGAAGAACCACGAGGAGGAAAUGAAUGCCCUGCGCGGGCAGGUGGGUGGAGAGAUCAGCGUGGAGAUGGAUGCUGCUCCUGGAAUUGACCUCACCAAGAUCCUGGCUGACAUGAGGGAGCAGUACGAGAGCCUGGCGGACAAGAACCGCAGGGACGCCGAGCAGUGGUUCUUCAGCAAGACGGAAGAGCUGAACCGGGAGGUGGCCAUCAACACGGAGCAGCUUCAGAGCGGCAAGACGGAGAUCACAGAGCUACGACGCACCAUCCAGAGCCUGGAGAUUGACCUGCAGUCCCAGCUCAGCACGAAAGCGGCGUUGGAGGGCACCUUGGCCGACACAGAAGCCCGUUACGGCACCCAGCUGGCCCAGCUCCAGGGGCUGAUCACCAGCGUGGAGGAGCAGCUGGCCGAGCUGCGGUGCGACAUGGAGCGCCAGAACCACGAGUACAGGGUCCUCCUGGACGUCAAAUGCCGCCUGGAGCAGGAGAUCGCCACGUACCGCCGGCUCCUGGAGGGCGAGGACGCCCACAUCUCUUCCCAGUACUCCUCUGCUAUGUCCUCACACUCGGGCAGAGAUGGCAUGCUGUGCCGCCUCGCUGGCUGUAUCAGAGUGACAGCAGUCAGGAGAGCUGACAUUCCUGCACUGUGGAGAGCCGUGCAUGCACAUUUACUAAAAGAUGCUUGGCAGAAAUACGCCAAGGUGGGGAAAGAAACAACAAGAAAAAACCUGUAUCAGCUGGGCUCCACGGUGCGACUGUGUGUGUGUGUUCCCAGGUUUGAGACGGAGCAGGCUCUGCGCCUGAGCGUGGAGGCCGACAUCAAUGGCCUGCGCAGAGUCCUGGAUGAGCUCACCCUGGCCAGAGCUGACCUGGAGAUGCAGAUUGAGAACCUGAAGGAGGAGCUGGCCUACCUCAAGAAGAACCACGAGGAGGAAAUGAAUGCCCUGCGCGGGCAGGUGGGUGGAGAGAUCAGCGUGGAGAUGGAUGCUGCUCCUGGAAUUGACCUCACCAAGAUCCUGGCUGACAUGAGGGAGCAGUACGAGAGCCUGGCGGACAAGAACCGCAGGGACGCCGAGCAGUGGUUCUUCAGCAAGACGGAAGAGCUGAACCGGGAGGUGGCCAUCAACACGGAGCAGCUUCAGAGCGGCAAGACGGAGAUCACAGAGCUACGACGCACCAUCCAGAGCCUGGAGAUUGACCUGCAGUCCCAGCUCAGCACGAAAGCGGCGUUGGAGGGCACCUUGGCCGACACAGAAGCCCGUUACGGCACCCAGCUGGCCCAGCUCCAGGGGCUGAUCACCAGCGUGGAGGAGCAGCUGGCCGAGCUGCGGUGCGACAUGGAGCGCCAGAACCACGAGUACAGGGUCCUCCUGGACGUCAAAUGCCGCCUGGAGCAGGAGAUCGCCACGUACCGCCGGCUCCUGGAGGGCGAGGAUGCCCACAUCUCUUCCCAGUACUCCUCUGCUAUGUCCUCACACUCGGGCAGAGAUGUCAUGACAUCUUCCCGUCAGGUCCGCACGAUCGUUGAGGAGGUGCAGGAUGGGAAGGUGGUCUCCUCCCGGGAGCAGCGAUCUGUGCAGCUUGCCUUGGGCUCCGAGUUGGAUCCUCGCGCUCUCACUAUGAGCUGUGCCAUCAGGCAGGUCGUUACUACCUGUUCCCAAGGCAGGAACAGCGUGGGCAGCUCUGCAGCUGGUAGUGGAAGAAAGGUCUCCUCCGCCUCCUCGGGAAGACACGCUGCCUAUGACUUAGGUGGUGCGGUUGGCAAUUUUUCUGGUGGUAGUUUAAGCGAGGGAUUACUUGGGAAGCAGCUGAGCACCGGCAGUGCUAUCGGUGGGAGCUUUGGAGCUACCCAGAAGGCUUGUUCUACCCUUGGAUUCAGCAGUGGAGGCAUCUGCACUCGAGGCGUUGGUGGUGGUUUCAGCAGGGCUAGUGCUGGUUGCAGUGAUGGGAUCUUACUCGCUAACAACGAAAAGGCGACGAUGCAGAACCUCAACGACCGCUUGGCCUCCUACCUGGACAAGGUGCGACUCCUGGAGGGAGACAAUGCCGACCUUGAGUGCAAGAUCAGGGAGUGGUAUGCCAAGGUAGGGCCCAGCUGUGAACCACGGGACUACAGCUGUUUUCAUAAGGAAAUUGAAGACCUUCAAAACCAGAUCCUCUGUGCAGCCAUGGAGACUAACAAAAUCCUUCUGAAUAUUGAUAACAACAGGAUGACUGCUGAUGACUUCAGAGUGAAGUACGAGACUGAAUGUGGUCUCCGGCAAAAUGUGGAUGCAGACAUUUGCAACUUACGCCCCGUCCUGGAUCAGCUGGCCAGCUGCAAGACCGACCUGCAGCUACAGUGUGAGGCUUUGACUGAAGAGAUGUGUUGUCUCAAGACGAACCACGAGGAGGAAACAAACUGUCUGAGGAAACAGGCGACUGGAGAUGUGAGCGUGGAGGUCAAUGCCUGUCCUGGCCCAGACCUGAGGAAGAUCCUGGAGGAUCUGAGGUGCCAGUAUGAAACACUGAUGGAGCGCAACCGCAAAGAGACUGAGCAGUGGUAUGCCUGCAAGGUGGAGGAGGUCAAUCUGGAGGUCAUCACAAGCAGCCAGGAGAUAGAGUCAAGCAACAAACAGGUCACUGAGCUGAGACGUCAGCUGCAGGCCUUGGAAAUCAAUGUACAAGCCCAGCUUACCAUGAAAGAAAACCUGGAAUCCUCUCUGGCGGAAACCGAGUGUCGCUACAACAAAUACCUGGCUGAGCUACAGAGCCAGAUCUCCUGCGUGGAGCAGCGGCUGGCUGAAAUACGAGCAGAAAUGGAGUGCCAGAACCAGGAAUACAAGACCCUCCUGGACGUCAAAUGCCGCUUGGAGCAGGAGAUUCAGACCUACCACUGCCUGCUGGAGGGGGGACAGCACGACAUCACGUACGCAGACUACAGACAGACCCGGGCACAGUAAAAUCUCUAUGCUUUGACUUACAGGGAUAUGAAAAUUCGUGAUACAAAUGGUAAAAG